AUGGCUUCUCUUCAGACGAUACCCAUCAUUACCCAGCCGGAACACGACGUGGGCAACCACACAUGCAUCUAUCCCACCAGCCCAUCAAGUCGGCGUUCGGCUCCACCGCCGUGGGAUCUCGAAGCAAUCCCCGCCUUCAACCGUCUUGUCUCCCUCUGGGACUUGCUGCCGCCCGUGGAAAAGGUACGUCUUGAGCAGGAAGCCGAGGACCGACGACCUUGCGCGAGAGACCAAGAUGCCAUCUCGGAGACAUCGUCCGAAGACUCGAACAUCCUUGCCGAUGAUGCAUCGCACCGUCCAUCCCACCGCGGCCACGUAAUAACUGCCCAUGACGUCCCCGUCCGCGUCCCCGUCCCCGCCCCCAACGCCUGGAAGUGCUGCCAAUGCGGCGUCGCAAGAUGGACCAAGACACGCGCUUUCCGCCCCUCUCCGUUUUCCCUCGCUCGGGAAACGGAGAGGUGUGCCGCCGGCGUCGUCUCGCCCUCCUCCGGCCAGGGUAACGGUAACCUGUCCGAACACGCAUGCGAUCGAUACGGUUACGACGGUGCAAAGCCAGUGGUGCCGUCGUCGUUGCGGCAGUCUCCGUCGUCGGAUCACGCAGAGGGCGAGGCGAGAGAGUGCAGGCAUGUCCAGUGCUCGGCUUGCGAGGUUGGGAUUUUUGCCAGGGCGCGCCGCGUGCCCACCACCGUGUUGUUUGGGGUUAAGGGGGAAUGCUGGGAGGGCAUUGCGCUGGAGACUGGGUGGGAGCUGGACUUUGUGGGAUGGAAGAAGUAG